AUGUACGCCGGAAACUAUGGCUUCCCCAAUGGCGCCCCACCCUCGCAGAACCCUCACAUGCCAGGCUCGGGUCAAGGCCCGAACCCCAAUCAGCCACCUCAGCAGCAGCAGCAACAUCAGCAGCAUCAGCAACAUCAGCAGCAGCAACAGCAACAGCAGCAGCAGAUGAUGUACAACCCGCAGCAGUUCCCCAUGGGGCCCCAGGGCCCCGGCUUCCCCGGCGGCCCCAAUGUCAACAUGAUGCCCGGAGCCGGUGCCACAGGUGGGAUGAUGCAGAAUUCCGGCAUGCCACACAUGGCUGCCGCCAAUGGCCAGAUGCCUAACUACCAGACUCCCUACUCGAACUCCCCGUACGGUGCCGGCAUUCCGUCGUCCGUCGCCCCUCAGAUGAAUAUGCCGCCAAACUACGCCGUGGGCGGCAAUAUGCCCAUGUCUGGCUUCCAAAUGCAUCCCGGGCAGAUGACUCCACAGCAACAACAGCAGAUGAUGCAAAGGAUGCAGCCGCCGCAGCAGCAAAACACGGGGGGCAUGUCCUCGAAUACACCACAGCGCCAGUUCCCGGGUCAAGGGCAGACACCAGGUCCUCAGGGUACGCCCACACCGACCAACUCGCUCCCAUCUCAGCAGCCCCAGUUCUCUACGCCGCAACCGAAUCAGGGAACGCCACAGAGCCAGACGCCGAACAACGCUCCGCAGCAACCACAGCCGCCGCCGAUGGGCAACAAUAUCCAGACCCCGCAGACGCCGACGUUUCCCUCCAAUGUGCAGGGCGCGAUGACCAAUGGCGCGUCUAAUUCGGCGCCGAUGAGCCCAGGCGGUGACUCCAAGGACAAAGAUAGGAUUGGGGUCAUAUUGGAAAUCAACAAUGAGCUCCUGUGGGAGUGCACGCAGAUUCAAAACACCACGUUGGCACUCAAGAAUGAGCGUGGGCCACCGAAAGACGGCGCUGCGAACGACCAGGACAAGACGGAUGAAGAGAAGACGUUACUGCAAGAGUUAUCACAUUGUAUGCGGCGGUUGCAAGGUAACCUUGCCUAUUUGGCGCAACUGGCCGAUAAGAAGACGUCAGGUCAAGCUGCUCCGCAUCCGAAUUACAUGAAACCACCACCUCUCAGCACCAAGGUCAAGAUAAAGCCAAUGGCAGCGCCUGAUGGCACGGAGGGCAAGAUUGAGCCGACUGACAGGGAAGAGACUGUGAAGUACUUCAACCAUCUGUACACGAAACUGCAGAACCUCUAUCCGGGCGUGGAUUACAAUAAGGAGCCGGCGCCGCAGCAGCCGGGCGCUCGCCCGGGCGCUCCUCAAGGCCACAAGCCGGGAGGCCAGCCGUCAAACCAGGCCAGCCCGGUGCCCGGAAACCAAAGGACACCGCAAAUGACGACGUCAGGCGCGCCUCAACCGCAAGUUGGCCACCCAGCUGCAAACUCGCUGGGCUGA